CCGAGGCUCAGGCCGGUCACAGCUCGGGCUGCCCGGGGAGCUGCUGGACUCACCUGCACAGCGCGAGAGCUGCGGGGCUGCUGCUCUGAGAGCCCGGGCGGACACUGACAAAGGUUUGUGGAUGGCUCCUAGAAGAUCUUGAUUGGCUCCCGAGGAAAUAUCAUUUUGCUGGAUUGGUUUCCUGUCAUCCUGUCCCCGCAGUCAACCAUGAGCCAGUCAGACCCUGCCGAGGACCCGGAUCCCAGCCCUGAGCCCCUGUGUGUGGUGUGUGGCCAAGUCCACUCCCCCGAGGAAAAUCACUUCUACACCUACACAGAAGAUGUGGACGAUGACCUCAUAUGCCACAUCUGCCUGCAAGCCUUGCUGGACCCUCUGGACACUCCCUGUGGACACACCUACUGCACUCUCUGCCUCACCAACUUCCUGGUGAGUAAGGACUUCUGCCCCCUGGACCGCAAGCCCCUGGUUCUCCAGCACUGCAAGAAGUCCAGCAUCCUGGUCCACAAGCUCCUCAACAAGCUCACGGUGACCUGCCCGUUCGCCGAGCACUGCGCCGAGGUGUUGCAGCGCUGUGAUCUCGAGCAUCACUUCCAAACCAGCUGUAAAGGCGCCUCCCACUAUGGCCUGACCAAGGACAGGAAGAGGCGCUCCCAGGAUGGCUGUGCGGACGGCUGUGCGAGCCUCGCGGCCACGACACUCCUCCCGGAGGUUUCUGCCGCUGCCACCAUCGCCUUAAUGACAGACGAGCCUGGCCUGGACAACCCUGCCUACGUGUCCGCGGCAGAGGACGGGCAGCCAGCAGACAGCCCAUCGGACUUUGGCCGGAGCAACCGAACGAGGGCACGGCCCUUCGAGCGAUCCUCCAUUAGAAGCAGAUCGUUUAAAAAAAUAAACCGAGCUCUGAGUGUUCUGCGAAGGACCAAGAGUGGGAGCGUGGUUGCCAAUCAGGCUGACGAGGGCGGAGAAAACUCUGAAAGCACCACUCCCCCUGAAGUCUUUCCAAGGUUGUAUCACCUGAUUCCAGACGGUGAAAUUACCAGCAUCAAGAUUACUAGAGUGGAUCCCAAUGAAAGCCUCUCCAUUAGGCUUGUGGGAGGCAGUGAAACCCCGCUGGUCCAUAUCAUUAUCCAGCACAUCUAUCGUGAUGGGGUGAUUGCCAGAGACGGCCGGCUACUGCCAGGAGACAUCAUACUAAAGGUCAACGGGAUGGACAUCAGCAACGUCCGUCACAACUACGCCCUGCGCCUGCUGCGGCAGCCCUGCCGGGUGCUGUGGCUCACGGUGCUGCGGGAGCAGAAGUUCCGGAGCAGGAGCAACGGGCAGGCGCUGGACAGCUAUGGGCCCCGCGAGGACAGUUUCCAUGUGAUUCUCAACAAAAGCAGCCCCGAGGAGCAGCUUGGCAUAAAACUGGUGCGCAAGGUGGAUGAACCUGGGGUGUUCAUUUUCAACGUGCUGGAUGGCGGUGUGGCGGACCGACACGGCCAGCUGGAGGAGAACGACCGUGUGUUAGCCAUCAACGGACAUGACCUCAGAUACGGCAGCCCAGAGAGCGCAGCUCACCUGAUCCAGGCCAGUGAAAGGCGCAUCCACCUCGUCGUGUCCCGCCAGGCCCGUCAGCAGAGUCCUGACAUCUUUCAGGAAGCCGGCUGGAGCAGCAACGGCAGCCGGUCCUCGGGGCCAGGGGACAGGAGCCACAACCCCAAGCACCUCCCUCUUGCAGUCACUUGUCAUGAGAAGGUGGUCAGUGUCCGAAAAGACCCCAGCGAAUCUCUUGGGAUGACUGUUUCAGGGGGAGCAUCACACAGUGAGUGGGAUUUGCCUAUCUACGUCAUCAGUGUUGAACCUGGAGGAGUCAUAAGCAGAGAUGGAAGAAUAAAAACAGGUGACAUUUUGUUGAAUGUGAAUGGGGUUGAACUAACAGAGGUCAGCCGGAACAAGGCCGUUGCAUUAUUGAAAAGCACAUCCUCCUUGAUGGUUCUUAAAGCUUUGGAAGUCAAACAAUGUGAGUCCCAGGAAGAAUGCAACAGCCCAGCAGCCCUGGACUCCAACCACAACAUGGCCCCGCCCAGUGACUGGUCCCCCUCCUGGGUCAUGUGGCUGGAAUUACCACGGUACCUGUAUAACUGCAAAGAUGUUGUAUUAAGAAGAAACACAGCUGGAAGUCUGGGCUUCUGCAUUGUAGGAGGUUAUGAAGAAUACAAUGGGAACAAACCUUUUUUUAUCAAAUCCAUUGUUGAAGGAACACCAGCAUAUAAUGAUGGAAGAAUUAGAUGUGGUGACAUUCUUCUUGCUGUCAAUGGUAGAAGUACAUCAGGAAUGAUACAUGCUUGCUUGGCAAGGAUGCUAAAAGAACUUAAAGGGAAAAUCACUCUCACUAUUGUUUCUUGGCCUGGCACUUUUUUAUAGAAUUGAUGGGUCAUAGAAAAUCACAAAAGUUGAAACAAUAUAUUUAUCUUGUCAAUUUUUGUAUUUAAAGCAUACAUUAUAAAAAUGUGAACUUUAAUAUCAGCAAAAUUAUGAUCUAAUGAAAGCCAAUUACACCUCAGAAAAUAUAAUUCUCAAAACAAAUAUUACUAAUAGUUUUUAUUCAAUGUGGUGGAUUUUGCAUCACUCUACGUUUACGUUUAUAUUUUUCUAUUUAAUAAAAAGCUCUUAAACAGCUGAAAUGGUUUGUAUGCCCUCAAAUGAAUUCGAAUCAUAAAAUUAAAAAUUUGAGUAUUUUAAAAAUAACUUACAGCCAAAUGAUUUUAAAAGUGCAUUACUGGAAAAUGUUUCUUUCAUCAAAUAAGAAAUAAAUAUUUUUUA